CAAGUAUUGAUAAUGAUGGAAAAUAAAAAUAAAAUAUUGUUUUUAUUAUAAUCGCCAGGGUGCUCAACAGUUAGACUUUGACCUUUUUAUUAAGUCUGUGUUCCGUGUUCUUCCAUCACCGAACAAUUUGGGUCGUGGUUUGACGGUGAAAAUCGCCGUACGUUCCACCCAAUUACGUUAAAAAGAGUCAUGGCAUCGAAUUUAUUAAAAAACAUUGUUAAGUUGGAUACUUUAUCCAUAUCACAUAAUGUAUGCUUACCAAUUAGAUAUUUGGCUACAGCAACACCUCGUAUUAAAGAUAAGACUGGUAAAAAUAUUGUAUUUGUUGAUGGGGUAAGAACACCUUUCUUAUUGUCUGGAACUGAUUAUUCAUCUUUGAUGCCUCAUCAAUUAGCUAAAGAAUCUCUCUUGAGUUUGAUGAGGAAAACAAAUAUUCCACGAGAAGUAGUUGAUUAUAUAGUGUAUGGAACUGUUAUUCAAGAAGUAAAGACAAGUAAUAUUGCACGCGAGGCAGCACUUGCAGCUGGAUUUCCAUACUCAGUUCCAGCUCAUACUGUUACAAUGGCUUGUAUCAGCUCAAACCAAGGUAUAACUACUGGUAUUGGGUUAAUUGCAGCAGGUGCAUAUGAUGUUGUUGUAGCGGGAGGAGUAGAAUUUAUGUCUGAUGUCCCAAUUAGGCAUUCUCGUAAAAUGAGAAGUUUACUGUUGAGAGCUAAUAAAGCUAAAACUCCUCUAGAUAAAUUAAAAUUGCUUUCUACUUUCAGACCUAAUUUUCUCAUGCCAGAGUUACCAGCUGUUGCUGAGUUUAGUUCAGGUGAAACUAUGGGUUAUUCAGCUGAUCGAUUGGCUGCUGCAUUCAAAGUAACACGUGAAGAACAAGAUCAAUAUGCAGUCCGUUCUCAUACCAUGGCUAAACAAGCACAAGAAAAGGGAUACUUAACAGAUAUUAUUCCAUUCAGGGUGCCAGAUUCUUCAAAAGUUAUUAGAGCAGACAAUGGUAUUAGAGUAUCGCCAAUAGAUAAACUUGCUAAGCUUAAGCCAGCUUUUAUUAAGCCUCAUGGUACUGUAACAGCUGCUAAUUCAUCAUUUUUGACUGAUGGUGCAUCUGCUUGUCUCAUAAUGACUGAAGAGAAAGCUAAGCAAUUAGGUCUUAAGCCUAAAUUAUAUUUAAGAGAUUUUACUUAUGUUGCUCAAGAUCCUCUUGAUCAAUUAUUGCUUGGACCAACAUAUGCUACACCCAAAGUAUUAGAAAAAGCUGGAUUAACAGUGAACGAUAUUGAUGUAUGGGAAGUACAUGAAGCUUUUGCGGGUCAAAUAAUGGCUAAUUUAAAAGCUAUGGAUAGUGAUUUCUUUGCGCAAAAAUACAUGAAUAGACAAAGUAAAGUUGGCGUUCCAGAUUUGUCUAAAUGGAAUACUUGGGGAGGAUCACUAAGUAUUGGUCAUCCUUUUGCUGCUACAGGAGUUCGUUUGACUGUGCACACUGCUAAUAGAUUAGUAAGGGAAGAUGGUCAGUUUGGCCUUAUUGCAGCUUGUGCCGCUGGAGGACAAGGUGUUGGCAUGAUUGUAGAAAGGCAUCCUGAUGCAACUGCAUUAUAAUUUAUUACAGAAAAUAUCCUCGUGGAAAUUGGGUUAAAAGAUACAUAUUAUACAGUUUAAUACAAAUAUAAUAUUAUUGUUUUUCAGCUUUAAUAUUUUUUCAUUAAUAAGUUAAUUUAUAUUAUUUUACUGCCUUUUUUAUUUUAUUGUAAGAAGAUACUAUUUUUGAUUUCUAUCUAUUAAAAUUAAUUUGUUUGAAAGUAAUAUAUAUUUUUAUGUGUUCUA